AUGAAUUUCGUGUGUUCGGAGUUAUCAGAAGGACUGGACAUUCUUGCUAAUGCAAAACGUUUGGAGGCAAAGGUUGAUGGUUCGUUUAAGGUUCCGAAGGAUAGAGUUUCAUCCAUUGCAGCAUCUCUUGGUGAAGAUGAGGAGAAGACUUCAUCAGGAAUUGAUGAAGUAGACACUGACACAUCGAAAACUCUACGCAGCAGUAAUAAGAGGCGAUAUCGUGAACUGGCUUCAAAUUCAGGGAGUGUUGUGACUGAAGACAUACCAACUAACGAAGCACUUCCUCAGCAUCAUCCUGACGAUCAUGUUAAAGUCUCAACUGCAUCUACCGGGAGUUCCAGGAGUAGGAAUUCUGCUUCUGACUACACAUACGAUGAUCGGAACAGAAGCAAUAAUGGGAAUCACCACAGAAGCUCCAGCAGAUCAACAAGAAAUAGAUAUGAUUCUGACAGGGAAGGGAGGACCACGAGAGAGAGAUCCCGUGGUGAAGAAAGAGAACACAGUGGAGACUAUGGACGAAAGAGAAGUAGAUACGAUAGGUCUAUGAGGUCACCUAGCAGAUCUGACUGGGACAAUGGACGAUGGGAAUGGGAAGAUACGCCACGUCGUGAAGGCCGCAGUUCGGGAAGCAGAGACCACCGUCAUUGGCCAUCCCCCAAGUUUGUUGGGGCAUCUCCCGAUGCAAGGCUUGUUUCCCCGUGGUUGGGUGGGCGUACUCCCUCUUAUGCUCCUGCAUCUCCUUGGGACAGCUUUGCUCCUUCCCCCACUCCGAUCCGAGCUUCUGGGUCCUCCGUUAGGUCUGUAGGUUCCCGAUAUGGUGGCAAGUCAAAUAGGUUCAACACGUCUAUGGAUAAGCUGGAGUAUGGAGAAAAUCGCGUGGAAAAAUUACCAGAAGACCAAGAUCAUGAUCUAUCAGAAAGUAUGCGGUUAGAGAUGGAGUACAAGGCUGAUCUUGCCUGGUAUGAUCGAGAAGAAGAUGGCAAUGUGUAUGGUGAGGAUGGUUCGUCAUCUUUUCUUGGUAAUGAGGCAUCUUUUCAGAAAAAGGAGGCUGAGCUGGCUAAGAAACUGGUACGUAAAGAUGGAAGCCAGAUGACUCUUGCACAGAGCAAGAAAUUAUCACAGAUGACUGCCGAUAAUGCUCAGUGGGAGGAUAGACAACUGUUGAGAUCGGGAGCUGUUAGAGGAACUGAAGUGCAGACCGAGUUUGAUGACGAGGAAGAACGAAAAGUUAUUCUUCUUGUACAUGAUACAAAACCUCCUUUUCUCAAUGGAAGGAUUGUUUACACCAAGCAAGCCGAGCCAAUUAUGCCAUUAAAAGACCCUACAUCAGAUAUGGCCAUAAUAGCACGGAAAGGCUCGAAUUUGGUUAGGGAAAUCCAUGAAAAACAGAGCAUGAACAAGUCACGCCAACGUUUUUGGGAGCUCGCUGGUUCAAAGUUAGGUGAAAUUCUUGGGGUCGAGAAAACUGCAGAACAGAUUGAUGCGGAUACUGCUAAAGUGGGUGAAGAAGGUGAAGUUGAUUUCAAAGAGGACGCAAAAUUUGCGCAGCAUUUAAAGAAGGAUGAGGCAGUGAGCGAUUUUGCUAAGUCGAAAACAUUAGCCCAACAGCGGCAGUAUCUGCCCAUUUUCUCUGUACGAGAGGAGUUACUUCAGGUGAUUCGUGAGAAUCAGGUGGUGGUAGUAGUUGGUGAAACUGGUUCAGGGAAAACAACACAACUAACCCAGUAUCUUCAUGAGGAUGACUACACAAGCAAUGGCAUUGUUGGUUGCACUCAGCCACGUCGUGUAGCUGCCAUGAGCGUUGCCAAAAGAGUCAGUGAGGAGAUGGAAACUGAACUUGGCGAUAAAGUUGGAUAUGCAAUACGUUUCGAGGAUGUCACUGGGCCUAACACUGUCAUUAAGUACAUGACUGAUGGUGUGCUUCUGAGGGAGACUCUCAAAGAUGCUGACCUGGAAAAAUAUCGGGUUGUUGUAAUGGAUGAAGCACACGAACGAUCCCUUAGCACAGAUGUUCUAUUUGGCAUCCUUAAGAAAGUCGUCGCCAGGCGUCGGGACUUCAAGCUUAUCGUGACAUCAGCUACCCUUAAUGCCCAAAAAUUCUCUGAUUUCUUCGGGAGUGUACCCAUAUUCCACAUCCCGGGACGAACUUUCCCGGUUCAGAUCCUCUACAGCAAAACACCCUGCGAAGACUAUGUAGAAGCCGCCGUUAAACAAGCCCUAACAAUCCACAUCACUAGCCCCCCUGGCGACAUACUCAUCUUCAUGACGGGCCAAGACGAAAUUGAGGCCACAUGCUAUGCCCUAGCUGAGCGAAUGGAGCAGCACGCCACCAAGAAAGAAAUCCCGAAGCUUUUAAUCCUCCCCAUAUACUCCCAGCUCCCGGCUGAUCUCCAAGCCAAGAUCUUCCAGAAGGCCGAGGACGGGGCUCGAAAGUGCAUCGUGGCCACAAACAUUGCCGAGACUUCCCUCACCGUCGAUGGAAUUUUUUACGUAAUCGACACGGGUUACGGCAAGAUCAAAGUCUAUAACCCGCGCAUGGGCAUGGAUGCUCUCCAAGUUUUCCCCUCGGGGUCAUCGACUUACUUGAGGCCCAAGAAACUCGGUUUGUAG